GAUUUGGCCCAGAAAUGAAUUUUUAUUAGGAAAAAAAAGUCCGCCUCUCCUUGCUGCCAGUGAGGGGUGGGCGCAAACAUUUUAAAUGUAUGUGCACUGGUUACCGGUGCUUUCCUGGAGGCAGGCGUGUGCGUGUGUGCAGUUAAUUGUGAACGGGGAGCAAGCCAGGCCGGGCCUUGUGCACGCAGCUGUCUCCCUUGGGGACUGUCACCCGCUUCGCUGAGCCCUGGGGAGGCGCUUACAGGGCCACGUGCUUGCUCUGAGCCUCCGGGAAGCCAGCAAAGGUCCCAGGUGGGUCGGGGAGGCUGGGCUGGCCCCAUGCUGCCCUGUCCCGUGUCCCUUCCCAGCACAUUCCCUGCAGUGCAGCGCCGCGGGUCAUGGCAGCCGGGCCAGCGAGGCCGGGCUGCUCCGGCAACAGGUGAGGUCAUCUCAUCUUGCAGCAGAGGAUCAAAAUAGCUGCCUGGUCCCUCGGCUCGGCAGCAAUAAAUAAUUCACUCCCUUCUCCACGUCUUGUGCGUGCUGGCGGGCGAAGCCUGCGAGAUGGCGUUGGGGGGGGCUCCUCCUGCCUGCCUGCCUUCCCCUGGCACUGCCAGGACAGGGCUUUCGAUUUAGGGUCCUGGAUGAACUCCGCCUGGAGCUGGUGCCUGCCUACCCGCUCAGGCCGGUGUGACAGACCCCCCGCUUUCCAAAAUGGGCCUCAUCCAGCUGUCAGCAGUGGCCAGGGCGGUGCAGCACGCUGCAGCCCCUCAUGCAAAAGGCACUCGUGAUGCCCACGUCCAGCAUUGCAUUUGCACGCCCAGCACCGGGCUCCCCCGUGUUUCCACCCUUCACUGUGUGUGUACAUAUCUAUGUACAUGUGUAUGUACACGCAUACAUGUAUGGGCAGUGGGCCUACAUAUACGUGCAUACUUGUAUGUGCACAUGUACAUACGUAUGUGGAUGCAUAGAGGUGUGCACAUGCGCGUGCAUACAUGCAUGGUGUGCGUGCGUAUGGGUAUGUGCACAUGUGUGUGCAUGUCUGAGUGCCCGGCGUCUCGGAGCAGGCCCCGGCCGGGUCGCAGGGCGGAAGCACCUCCCCCUGCGCAGCCUCAGUCCGCCCUCCUCCACGGCCAAUCAGAGGCAGCGGCGCCCGUUGGUCCCGCCCCUUUGCGGACCCUCGGCCAAUCGCGGCGCGGGACGCGUGCCCUCCCUUGAGGUCGCGGCGCGGCCAGGCAGAGCGGGCAGGGGCAUGCGGGCGGGCUCGUGCGGGGCACUGCUGCGCUGGCGGGCGAUGCGGCGCUCCGGCUGCGCCCGGCAGAGAGACACCGUCUUCGCCGUGUCCUCGGGCCACGGGAAAUGCGGUGUGGCUGUGAUCCGCACCAGCGGCCCCGCCAGUGCCACGGCCCUGCGCCGCCUGACCGGGCGCGACGAGCUGCCCCGGCCUAGGGCCGUCGUCCUGCGGAGGAUCCGCGACCCCGGCUCCGCCGAGCCCCUGGACCGGGGCCUCGUGGUCUGGUUCCCAGGGCCCCGCAGCUUCACCGGCGAGGACUGCGCGGAGCUGCACGUGCACGGGGGACCGGCCGUGGUGAGCGGGGUGCUGCAGGCCCUGGGGCGCCUGCCCGGCCUGCGCCCGGCCGAGCCCGGGGAGUUCACCAAGCGCGCCUUCCAGAACGGCAAGCUGGACCUGACCGAGGCCGAGGGGCUGGGUGACCUGAUCCACGCAGAGACCGAGGCCCAGCGGCGCCAGGCCCUGCGCCAGAUGGAGGGCGAGCUGGGGCAGCUCUACCAGCGCUGGAGUCAGGAGCUCACCCAGGCGCUGGCCUACAUCGAAGCCUUUAUUGACUUCAGCGAGGAUGACAACGUGGAGGAGGACGUGCUGACUCGAGUGGACACAGCCGUGGCCCAGCUGGAUCAGGAGCUACAGGGGCACCUGCAGGAUGGGCGGCGCGGGGAACGGCUGCGCGGGGGCGUCCACGUCGUCAUCGCCGGGCCCCCCAACGCGGGCAAGAGCAGCCUGCUCAACCUGCUCUGCCAGCGGCCUGCAGCCAUUGUGUCGCCGGUGCCAGGCCAGACAAGGGACGUGGUGGAGACGGCGCUGAAUGUGGGUGGCUACCCCGUGGUGCUGAGUGACACGGCCGGGCUGCGGGAUGCCCAGGACCCCGUCGAGCAGGAAGGCGUGAGCCGGGCGCGGGACAGACUGCAGCAGGCAGACCUGGUCCUGGCAGUGCUGGAUGCAGCGGAGCUGGCCCCGCAACCCGGGCGCCUUGCCGGAGCCUUGCAGGCCGUGCUGCCCCCCAGCCCCCCUCCCAGGCCCUGCCUCCUGGUGCUCAACAAAGCCGACCUGCUGGCGGAGCAGAGCCGGGGGGCCCUGCGGCAGGCCUGUGCAGGGGGCACCCUGCCCCCCGCCUGCCUGCUUUCCUGCACGACCGGGGAGGGCACCGCCGCACUCCUGCGCCUGCUGGGCGGGCAGCUGCAGAACAUCUGCGGUGACCCCUUGGUGGGCUCCCCGAGCCUCACGCAGACGCGGCACCGUCUCCACCUCACCAGCUGCCUGGACGCCCUGGGCCGGUACCACCGGGGCAGGGCCGGGGACCUGGUGCUGGCGGCCGAGGAGCUGCGGCUGGCGCGACGGCACCUGGGCCGCAUUACGGGGCAGGUCGGGGCCGAGGACAUCCUGGACAUUGUCUUCAGGGACUUCUGCAUCGGAAAGUGAGGGGCAUGGGCAGGCGCCGUGGUGGGGAGUGCCAGGUCGCCGUGCCAAUAGAGCAAUUGCCUGCGUUUCCAGGCGCUGCGGUCUCAGCUGUGGAGGAGAGGGGCCUGGGAGGCUGCAGGCGAGGGCAUCGGUGGAGGAGGACAGGGCCAGAGUGGUACCUGUGGGCAGGGCAGAGGGGUGCAGUGAGCCAAGCCCCUGCCCCGGCUCUCUGGGCAGGUUGUGCUGUGCUGCAUUAAUUAAAACACCCUGGACCCUUUCCGUGGCUUCUGGCUGUUUCCCUUCCUCCUGCCCAGCACGGGACCUGGCCCAGCCCUCCAUCACCCCGUGGGCUUCCUAUGUUGCCCUGUGGCAUGGAGCAGGCUUCCUUACACCCUGGGGCAGAGAACCACGGCCUGCAGCCCACGGUCACCUCGUGGCAGCUAAUGGGCAGGCCUGGCACAUCCCUGAGCCGUGCACACGGAGCCACGUCGGGAAGCGGCUGGCUCUGGUGCCUGGGGCUGCGGUCACUCGUUAGCAUUGUGGCCCGUGGGGUGGUGGGAGCUGCACCCGUGGCCAGCAGUCGCCUGUGCAGCUCUUGGCACCGUCAGGAAGCGCCAGCUGCUGCUUCCUGGGCAGAAAGAGGGGUCCCAGCCCCUUACCUGUCUGGCGUGGGUGGGGGGGCAGCACCUGGUGAGCGCACUAGGGGUAUGGGGCUUGGAGGGGGCCAGCAGGGCCGUGGCCGGGGGGCUUUGCCCUCCCUGCUCUGGGGCGGGGGGUGUUGUGAGCAGUCACGGGGCCCGCACCGAGCAGUGGAAAAACCCGUGUGCUGCCUGGAGGCUGCGUUUCCUGGCCAGGAGCAUAAACAAGGCACUCAAGUGGUCGGAAGGGAAGGACUGGCCUGAACUUCACUUCCCGCAGCGGCUUUGCCCCCCAUCCAUCAGCGCUGGGGAAGCAGGGCCCUUCCGGGGGGGGUGCAAGCACUUGCCUGACCUGCGCUCCCUCCAUGGCCCCCAGAUGGGAGGAGGGAGCUGGGGCUGCCCGUGCUGCCAUCCUGGUUGUAGCCCCUUCCCGUCAAGAGAGAAUCCCCAUUAGCUGCCUGGGGUCUAUGGCACGUGGUGGUACAAUGCAGGCUCCAGACAGCGGGGGGGGGGGCAUGUGCCCCUCCCAAGUAUUCAGCCUAGCACCUUGCAAUGGGGCUGCCCCCAGAGACUACCCCCACCCCAGGGAUAGGACCCAGGAGUCUGGGCUCCCCAAGGCAUCCUGCCCCAUGCGCCCAUGCCCUGCCACCCUGGUCGCCAGGAGCUGUUUCCACCACAUAGUGUCUGACUACUCUGCUUAAAAUGCCAGCGCGGCCCCGGCGGGUCAUUUCAGCCCAGCACAUCCCUGCUUGGGCUCUGGCGGAGGAAGCCCUGGCUUCUGUGGGGCUAUUUCUACCGCCGCUGCAGGAUAUGCUCCAGCCAACAGCGGGCCCUCUGCCCCCUGCGCGGGUGAGGGCCAGCCCCCUCCUACGCUGCCCGGUCCUUGCAGGUGUCCAUCGAGGGCAAAGGUGGAGGCUGAGCAGCCGUGGGGCCGUUCUGAGUGAUGCCCGGCUGCAGGGGAGCUGGGCCCUGGUGCCCGCUCCCUUCUCCCGCCAGCUGGAUCUCGCAGUGGGGGGAGUUGGGGGCUCUUCGCAGUGCCAUGGAGGGCAGGGGGGCCCGGUGCUGCUUUCAGCUCUCGGCAGUAGCUUUGUUAUUUGAGGAUGACGUCGGGCCUGGUGUAAACAGAACAAUAUGUGCCGGGGACCCCUUCCUGCCCCAGCUGCCCACUGCUGGGAAGGAGGGCCAGCGGGCUGCGGCACUCCCAGCAGCUGGCGUGGUGUCUGGGCAGUGCUAGGGACAUCUCUGAGGUGUGCAUGCUGGGGCGGGGGCGUGCAGUGCCAUGUGGUGCCAGCCAGGGGUGGGCCCAGGUGGGGCUGGGUGUGGGGUGAGUCGGACCCCUGGCCCAGCCCCGCUCCCUCAGUUCCCCCCUCCUGCUCCAGCCGGAUGCAUCGUGCUUUCCCAUCCCUCGCCAGGGUGAUGCUGUUCCACCCCAGAGCUGGCUACCUCCCAGGGGGUGGUAGGGACCUGCCUGGCAGGGCCGUGUAGGACCGCAGGCCUCCCCGCGCUGGCACGGGGACUGCCCUUGGGACUUCCCGGCCGCCUUGGCCAGUGUCAUGAGCUGUUUACAGCAUCGGAAAGAGCUUGUGAAGGCAGCAAUCCAUCAUCCCGGGGCAGCUGCGUGCUGACCGCUUGGCCGCCGCGUCCCCGCCAGAGGCCUGCUGGGAACAGCAUCGCGGGUCUGACCGGCUUCACGGGCAUCUGCCCGUCGUCUCUGCCGGGGGGGCUAAGCGGGUGAAGGACCGCUGGCUGGGGGCACGGGACACCUGGCUUUGCAUGGGGGGGACGGGGCUGUGGGGCUCCCUGUGCUCCCAUGGGGAGAAGGGGCCGAGUGAGUACAGUCCUCUGACCCCCCUUGUCCCCUCAUCUUGCUGCUCCUGCCACAUGGGCUCUCAGGCCACGGGCAAAGUCGGGGUGGUGG